AGUUCUCUGCAUGCAGUUUUCCAAAACUAAUUUUAACUUUAGUUAGAAUUUGACUACUUAUUUAGAAUAUUGAGUAUUGCAUUCUUAUCACUAAAGAAAUUGAAGUCACUGACAGUUGUACGGGGACUGUUUUUCACGUCAGCAAAACACUUGAAAUCUGAAAGAAAUUAUAACAUAUAUAAACAAGGAAUAUUUCUAUUUUUUUUUUUUUUUUUGUAAUGGCACUUUUCACAAAGUGUUCUCAUUCCCGUACACAAUCCGCCUUAGCCACCCCUCCUAAAGAACAAAGACGGACAUAUAACCUCAAUAGGCAGAGAUAUAUCUGUACUGAUUUAAUGCUUUAUACAUUCCAUUGUUUUUAAUUCACAAAAACGUUGAAAACUAAUUAUAAUUUGUUAAGAUUUUUUCAUUUGAAAUCGAUAAUUGCAAAUGCAGUUCAGAAUGAGAUGUUACGAAAGUAUGAUCUCAUGUAGCAUAAUAGAAAAAGACUGUAACAAUGAUACUUUGUGGACUUGGAAUUAUCCAUCUAUAGCAAAUUUAGAUAAAGCGAUAAUAACUAGAAAGUACAAUUUUCAACUGGAGCACAACUAUUUUCAGACAUUUAUUUUUUCAAGACAUAAUUCUAAAUGGUUUUACAUUUAUAAUAGUGAUACUUCAGAAUCUGAUAUCCUGGUCAAAGUUAAACAAUUUGCUAUUGUACUAAUAGCUCAGGAUUAUUUUCCUCACAAAUAUCAAUCAUUAGGUAAAAUUCUAAGUCGGGCUUAUAUUAAAAGUGGUAGCCCAAUAGACAUAUUAAAAUUGUAUCUCAUGACAUUUUCAAAAAAUUCCUGCAUCAUAAAUGACAAUCAUAUAUUUUCAUCACAAGAUUUUGAUGAUUUACCUUUUGGAACAACUACUAAUAUUAGAGAAUUAAUCAAAACUUUUGAGUUAGAAAUAAUAUUGAUUUAUACUGCUUUACUAUUAAAAAAACGGAUUGUAGUUUAUCAUCACAGUUUAGAAGAAUUAUUAAAAUGGAUAAAAUCAUUUCCUGCUUUAAUGAAACAUAGAAAGCUUACAGACUACCUAUUCUCAUGGGUAGAUUUUGUACCCGAUGAACUUUUUGAAUUGAAGAAACAUUCCUUUUACAUAGCUGGCUUCAAAGAUAGUAUAAUAUCUUCUAGAACAGACUUGUAUGAUUUAUUAGUCAAUAUUCCAGCUAGAGAAAUAAUUAUAGCAAAUCAUGCAAAAGAAAGUUUAAACAUGACCAAAACUCACAAAGAAAUUGCAAUGUUCAUGUUACAACUUGGUGAAAAUCAAUCAUUCUCAGAAGCCCAGAUUAUAUCUGAGAUAAAUGAUAAGACUCAAGAUUUACUAAAACAAUUAACAUCGUUGGCUACAGUGAAAACUUGUGAAGGAGAUAUGAAAGUUCCAAUUCAAGCCAUAAAAGGAAAAAAUCUUUCAACUGCUGUGGAAAAUUUUCUGGUCAAUCUUGCUGUAGCUGAAAAUUUACUCAUUAUGUGAUAUUACCAAGACAAACAUACAAUAUAGCAUUGAUAUUAUAUUUUAAAAAUAAAUAUUAACAAAAAGUUCCAA